UCAUAGCCCAAUCGCUUUUCUUAAAUUUGAACGGGACCAUAGUAGUUUUGUCGACUUAAGUGAGCAUAAGUUUACAAAUCCAACAUCGGAUUCCAUUGAUACCCCUCUAAUUAUGUCUUAUCCUAAGAAUAUUAUAUUGAAAAAGUUGAUUGGUGAUAGUGGUAGAUAUCAAUUUGUGAUAGAUAAGGUUGACGAUCGACUACCAAGAGUAAACUCGAUAAUACUUAAUGACUUGACUGUUUCAAGUAAUCGCCUUAAUAGUAUUAAAAAUAAUAUUUUGAGAUCAGACAGUAAAGACAAAUAUACUUUGUAUUCUGCAUUCUUURAAGAGAUUUGGGAGCUAUUGGAUGUUAUCACAUUCCACAUCUCAAAACAUAAAAAAGUUAGUGGUGCUGGCUUGGAAUUUUUCUUGGAAGAACCUAUAAACUCAAAACAAAUUUUAAAUCAAAUUGAAUCAGUCGUAAAAGAAGUAUCAAACAUAAAAGAAAAACAAACCAGUACAAAUGAAGAAUUUGAAAAAAUUAAAUCAAUGAUGGAAAAACUCCGAAAUAAAACAAAAUUAGUUAAACGUGAAAUUGAUAGUUUCAACGAAGAUGUUAAUUUGGUGGAUUGGCAGAAUCAAAUAUUAGCAAUUGAAAAUGUUCAUAAAAAAAUAGAACAAUAUAAAUCAGAUUUUGAACAAUUAAAAAAAGGAAAAUCAUCAUAUCAAGAAAAACUUAAAAAAUUGGAAAUAUUAUUUGUUCAUAAUCAAUUAGUCAUUGAAGAAUUAUUGGAUAUUAUAAGUAUUUACAAAGUGAAAUAUAACUCAAAAAAUAAAUUACCAGACGACACAUAUAAAUAUUUAAGAGCUGCGAUCAAACUAGAUAAAGAAUUGGAAAAUACAACUAAAUUUUUUAUUGAUGAAAUCGAAGAAGAUAAAUUUACCAAUUUUAACUCUAAUCAGUUAGAAUCGGUUUGCGGACCCGUGAAAAAUUCUAAUGAAAAUACAAUUAAAUACUAUAACAUCAAACAUAUUAUGGAGGAUCUUGACAAAUAUCACCACAUCACUACAAAAUUGAUCAACAUAAAGACUUUAUUAGAAUCUCAGAAACCUGAUAAAAACGCAAUAAAAUAUUUGGAUACAGAACUAAAUAGAUCACAGUUAAAUGUAAAAAAACUUCUAUCCAUUCAGAAUGAGUGGACUCGUUUAGAAGAUAUUUUAACGGCUGAACAAAAAUGGUUAGAUGAAGUUGGAGUGUCAAUUCUUGACCUAACGAAAAUUACAUCGAUAAAUUAUGUUCAAGCACUGUCUAACACACAAAGUACUAUCACAGAUGUKACUAUUCAUUACGACAAACUUAUAUAUUUGAAGGACUCUAUAGAAAAACUCCAGAAUCAAAUUGAUGUGAAACCGUUAUUGUAUAUUUGUGAACAGCAUACAAAUGAUACAUUCAAACUAAAAAAUAAUUUGAGAGCUAAGGAAAUACGCUUGACAACAUUCAAGAAACAAUUUGAUAAGUACAGUAAACUCAAGAACAACAUUGAGUUGAAUUUGCCACGCAUUACAUCAAAUUUGGAAAAUACUACCUCAAAUCAGGAAAUCAUCGAUAACAAUAUAAUUCGAUAUGAGUUGGAGAUUGUAGAAGAAUCUAUUAGAACUUGUUCUGAUAGUUUGAAUGAAUCACUCGAUAUUCUUGCUAUCUCCGAUGGACAAGGUGAAAUCGAAACUAUGGGGUCACUUGCAACAGAAUGCAAAGCAUUAAGAGAUAAACUGAAUAAAAUAAGGUCUACUGUGGACAAUUGUGAUGCUUCAAAAAUAUUUAAACACCUUGAAACUGCUUUAGAAAAACCGAAAGACACAUUAGUAGACCAUAUUAAGACGCUCAAAGGAGUUUCGUAUGAAAUAAUCGCCAUCGGGAAUCUUGAAAACAAUGGACAAGAGUUAAGCGCCUUCCAAAGUCAAUGUAAUAGCCAACUAAAAUAUUAUUUGGAUUUAAAUAGCAAAACUGAAAAUAUGCUUAACAUUAUAUUCGAGCUUACUAACGACAUAAACAAUGCUGAUUACACUAUGUCAGAAUUAGAAAAUGAAUCACAUAAAGACAGGCACACUUCCGAAACAGCAAUAUGCAAAACAUAUCAUCAAGUUUCAGACAAUAUGAAAAACAUACAACAAACGCUAUCAUUGACUUCUCAGCAGUUGAAACAAUUAAAGGAUGGUCUUAAGCCCUUUAAAAAAGACAGAAAAUCAUUGGAAUCCAGUGUGAAUGAAGUUGAAAAACGGUAUAAACAAUUAAAAACAAAACAUCAAAAUGUACUCAAAACGUUGGAAAAUAAAUGCAACUAUUGGACAAUGGUCGACGAGCUAUUACUAAAAAUUAGAGUAAAAAAUAAUCAUAUAAUCAAUUUAACAAUAAUUCCACAAGACUCGGACAUAUUAGCAGGAAAACAUUUAGAAGCAAUAUUGAAACACCUUAAGGAUGUACGCAGCUCUUACGAAAAAGAUAAUAAAGCUAUUUUGGCUGACAUUGAAUCCUUGCGUCGGAAAGGAGAUAAAGAAAAAAUCGACGAAAUAAUUAACGGCGAUCAAACGCAAUGGAAUGACACCGGAGUGGCCGUAAAACAAAUGGUCGAACGUUAUGAAAAGGCAUGGAAAACGCUACACAGUUAUCAACAGCUAAGAGAUUCAACAAAUGAUUGUUUGAAUGCUAAACUUUUGUCAAUUGAAACUACCGAAGAUGUAUCUGCAGAUAAGAUAAAGUCAAUUGAUAUACAACAAGCAAAUCUGAUCGAAUUACGGAAAAUGAUAAUGGACGUGGGCGAAACCAUUGGAYUAAAUCCAGAUGACGUACCACUAAACGAAAUCGAAAAACUGAGUUUGAAACUAGAGAAAGUCCAAAAAGUUCUUACCACACUCGGAGAUGUUGCGGUCAAAAAGAAUAAAAUGUCUAACGACAUCGAAGAUGCGAAACGAUUUUUGCAUGAUAUCGAAAAAAAUUCAUCAAAAUCCAUUAAGAACAAUGAAGAAACCCUAAAAGAAUUGAGAGUUAAACUGUUAGAUUUGAACAAAUCGAAAAAAGCGAUGGAUGAAACUUUUGACAUAGAUAACUUUGAGAUACCUCUAAAUGAAAAACGAACAUACUCUAUAAUCGAAGUAUUCCAGCUCUGGCAGCAAAUAUUCAAAGAAACGUUCAAUCAAUAUCGUAGAUUGUCAUGUACUUUACUUGAAAAUGAAAACAAUGUCGCUGUAUUUGAACUUUGGCACGACUAUUUAAUGUAUAUACAAGAAUUUUUUAAAUCUCCUGUUCCGGGUGACUACCAUUCACUAACAAGUCAUGAACGACUUUGUCAAGUACAUCAAGAAGUAUUGGUUAGUCAGAUGGAUACUAUACCCAAUUGUAUGAAUAAGCCAGACAUAAUAUCUGAGCCAGCAGCAUUGGAACGAUUUACUUCUUUGAUGGAUUUACAUAAUGAAACCAUGACAAAACUCGAGAGCAUUCAUCAAGAAGUGUGGACCAAACUAGGCUACUGGAAAGAUUACCGAACGAAUGUUAAAAAGGUAUAUGAAUGGCUAUGGAAGGUUGAAAAAGUACAUUCAAAUUUAAAUCUUAAAUUUAUCAACACCAGAAGGCUGCCACAACUGAAAUCUCAAAUAACUAAUCUAUUAAAUAAUUUGUCUGCGGAACGUUCUCAAAUAAAUGACUUGGAAACACUUCAAAAUACCAUCUUCGCGUUCUGUGAUAAACUUACGGAAACAGGCUACAGAAAAGAACUGAUAGCAAUUAGCCAACGAGUCAACGAAAUCCAGGCAUCGUUAGAAGUUUGGAAUGGAUAUCUAGAAAAUAUAGAAAAACUAACCACCUCUUUUGACGUACAAAGUUCGGAAAUUGAUCAAGUAUUGCAAGAUGUGCAAAUUAAACUUGAUACAUUGAAACACGAAUUUGGUUCUCACGAGGAUAUAGUGCCGUCUGAUAAACUAAACGCCGAGUCCAAUAAAUUACAGGAAUUGAAUAACAACUUGAAACAAUUAGAUUCGCAACUCUCAUUUACUACUGAUAUACGAGACAAGUUAAAAGAUUCAUUAGAUCCGAUAGAAAUUCGAUCAUUUGGACAAAAACUUAGGUUUUUAAUAUAUCACCAAAAGGAUUUACAGUAUCAAUUGUUUUUGUACUCUUGUCAAAUAGACAAUUUGUUAUAUAAACCUCAAGAAUUCACUCAUAGAUACACUAGAUUUAGGAACUGGGCUGUUGAUACCGAAACUCAAUUGAAAAAUUUAACAAAAUCUUUGAAAKAUCCACAAUUCGCUAUUGAUGUGUUGAAACCAGAAUUUGAAUCUCAGAUUAAUUCGAAACAAAAAGAAUUUAAUUGGUUAAACGAAGCUGGUAGUCAACUAAUUGAAGCAGAAUCGCAACUAAAUCCUCAACUAGUACAUAAUACUGAAUCCAACUUAAAAGAAAUCAAUGAAAGCUGGAAUAAUUUAAAUGGUUCAUUGUACAAAUAUACUGUCGAAUUACCUACAACAAUUUUGAAUACAAAUAAAUUAUUAGAUAAAAUCAACAUCUUCAAAGUUUGGAUCAGUGACUUUGAAUCAAAAAUAAACAGUGCGAUCGUUUUUAGCGAUCGUUCAGAAUACAAUUUAAAAGAAGAAUUGAAAUCUUUAGAUGCAUUAAAUAAUAUGUAUAAAGAAAAACAAAAAGAAUAUAACGAAUUAAUGGCUAAUUGCAAUGAACAGUUAAAAACCGAUAAGAACACAAUUGAUUCUGAUACCACUCAAGAUUUGCAAUGUCCGUCAAAGACAUUACCUAUCAGCUGGAAGAACCUAGAAAACAAAAUUAGUGAAAAACGUGUUCGUUUAUUAAAUGCAUGGGAAGAACUGCAAACCAUACUUGGUUUAAUUGAUGUAGAAACCAAAUGGCUGAGUCGGUUAAAUAUUGCUGUUGAAGAACAUAAGAAAAAGAAAUUCAUAGAACAUAAAAGUUUGUCUGGUUUAAUCAGCAAUUUUGAACAGGAACAACAAACCGCUAAAGACAAAUUUUCUAAGUUAGAACUCGCUGUUUCUAUAUCUCGUGCGACAUAUAGUGCAAAGUUUAUUGACGAAGAAAUAGAAAUAAUUAGUAAAAAUCGAAAAUCUUUGUUGGAACAAAUUGAUAUGAUACUUAUCCUCCUUAAAAAAUCAUUAACGUUGUGGAAAGAUUUCAUCAAUGCACAUGGAAGAGCUGUAGUAACCCUGACCCAAGUCGAUACCAAACUAAUUCAACUCGAGUUAUUAGAAAAAGGUGAUAAUGCUGACGAAGGAAGUGCUCGUAUUAUGGAAAAAGACCUUGGAAAUUUACAGAUAUUAGAAAUGGAGUUAAAAAAAUACGGAGGACUUCUCGAGAAAGCAGAUGCAUUAGGUCUGCAAUUGAUGACUAAUAGUACUCCUGGUGAUAUAAAAAAUAUCCAAGAAAUGAUUGACGAGUACCAACUUUUAUGGAAGGAUAUCAACAAUCGUAUUGAAAAAUUAAAGGUUGCGUGUGUUCAAGAAACUUCGUGUAGAAAAAAGCGGUCAGUAAAUGAAGAAGUUCAAGUAGAAACAUUAAAGUUUGGCAAAGAUUCACAAGUGCAAGUCGACACUCUUCCCACAGAAUUGCUCAGAAAAGACUCUUUCCAAUACGAAUUACAAACGGCAAUAGCGAACGCCAAUACCAACCUAAACGAGUUAGAAUUAGCUAUACAAAAAUCUGACAAGAACUUAUCGAAAAACAUUGCGACCUGUCAAAUGUCCAUGGACCUGAUCAAACAUCUCAGCGUCAUAUUAAAAACACAGUGUGGAGUGUCGGAGUCCGACAUAACCAUAGUCAGGUCUGAAGAGUUAUUGGCCAAAUACGAAGAGCUCCUUGUAAAGUUCCGAUCACAACAGCAAGUCGGUCAACCAAAAACUAGCAGUUCGGCGAUGUGUCCACUUUGCUCCGAACAAAACUGGUCACAGUUCGAGAACGACAUGUGGCGCUUAGAACAUUGGAUACAGUCAACCGAAGCUAAGCUCAGUGUCCAACCGAUGGUACCACCGUCGAAGAUCGAACAAUUGGAAGAUGUCAUACAGGAGCACAGGGAACUACUGUUGUAUUUGGACAGUCACCGCAAUAUCGUGCAGUCAUUAAACGUAAUUGGACACCACCUGGCUGAGCACAGCAACGACGUGGAAAGAGCAGCUCAGAUUAAAAACCGUUUAUCUGCUACCAACUCCAGAUGGGAUCGUGUCUGUUUUGCAUGCACUGAGUGGCAGACCAAACUGCAAACUGCACUUAUGGAGAACGAAGAGUUUUACGGUGUAAUUGACGAACUUGUCAAUUGGUUAGACGAAACGGAACGAGCGAUCAAGACGACUGAACCGGUAGACCUGGCCGAGGACACGGUUAUCAUAGUGGACAAAUUCAACAAGUUUAAGAACAUGCACACAGAACUGGAGAGGUGCGAACCACGAGUGGUAUCGUUGCUCGAGGCCGCCGAUUGGUUACGCCAGGCCAACGAAAAAACUGGCAUCACGACACACUCAGCCUCCACAUCGGAUCAGACCAUCGUGGACUCUCACGCGAGACUGUCACACCUCAGGGCCCGGCUCACGGUGUUGAUAAACAUGACGUCCAGUUACGCGACGAAACUUGGCACCACUUUGGGUUAUGACAUGACGCCAGACAGCGUUUGCGUAAGACUUCACCAGGUGGACGAUACCAGCACUGCUAUGAAUCGACCAAACGAAGAAGAACCGACCACAAAUGUUGGCGGAGAUGAGACGGUGCUGAGACGCGGUUACAGAUUCUUCGGACGGGUGAUGCGGGCGUCCUUGCCUUUCCAGGUGUUGAUGCUGCUGGUCCUGGGCGCAGCCUCUUUGGUGCCAAUCGUCGACGAAGAGUUCAGUUGCAUGGAGUCCAACAGCAUCGCCUGGAGCCUUUACCCGUUGCUCCGCUACCCCGGUGGACCACCACCUGUGUAGAACGACCCCGAUGACCACCCCAACAAAAACUCGACAGCCAACUGCCACACAAUAAUACAUGCCCCUCCCCCCUUACCACCACAAUCACCCAAAUCGAUCAAUCCUAUAUUGUUGUCAUCAUUUUUUUAUUAUUUUCAUUCGUCUUCUUUUUACUAUUAUUAUUGUUAUAUUUUACUAUUAUCAUUAAACGCACGGAUCCAGUUGAAGUCGUUUUUUGCAUUAUGCUAUAAAUCAUAAUUUUAUUUUCCGAUGUAAUAUUUGAUAUUUAUGUUGUAAUAUUGUUCGGGGUAUGUACCUCGUUACAGCCGUCUGCGUCUCUGUGUACGACGACGGCGAUAAACACCUAACCUUUCCCUUUAGAUUAUUAAUGUAUUUUAGACGCACGAUAAAUAUUGUCAUGUAUAACGAACGCUUUAAACAUUUCCCAAGUUCAUCCAUCCAGUGCAGUUCUUUGGGAACCCUAUUUAGUUUCUAAAGUGUAUCUGCUUCGGUGGAUAGUGAUUUUUUUUGCAAUUUUUUAUUUUUUUGGUAAUUUAAAGUGGUGCUUUUGCCAAUAAUAUAAUUAUAUAGUAAUAUUGACGGUAAUUUAUUUAUUAGAUUUUUACACUAAUUAUCAAGAUAUAUGACGUUAAAUCAAAAUGAAAUUAAGAUGAUAUUAUAACAAUACGAGACUGUCCAAGUGCAGGGUACGAAAAAAAAA